GGAGAAAAUGGAGGGAUUAUUUUUCAAUAUUGAUUACGGUUACGUUGAAGGGGUUGUUAGAGGUUAUAGAAAUGGGUUAUUGGUUGGUAAUCAAUACGUUAAUUUAACCCAAUGUGAUAACUUGGAAGAUUUGAAAUUACAAUUGUCAGCCACUGAUUACGGUAACUUUUUAGCAUCUCAAGCGGGCCCAUUGUCAACAUCUAUUAUACAAGAUAGUUUAUCUAGAAAAUUAUAUCAACAAUUUCAAUAUUUAAAAGCACAAUCAUCAGGUAAAUUAACUAAAUUUUUGGAUUAUAUUAGUUAUGGUUAUAUGAUCGAUAACGUUGCUUUGAUGAUUACCGGUACUCUUCAUGAAAGAGACAAAUCUGAAAUCUUGGCCAAAUGUCAUCCAUUAGGUUGGUUUGAUACCUUACCUACCUUAUCAAUUGCAACUGAUAUUGAAAGUUUAUAUAGUACUGUUUUAAUUGACACCCCAUUAGCACCAUUUUUCAAAGAUUGUUUAACUGCUGAUGAUUUGGAUGAUUUGAAUAUCGAAAUCAUUAGAAAUCGUUUAUACAAAAACUACUUGGAAUCAUUUGUUGAAUUUGUUGAAAAAGAGUUUGAUUCACCUGAUAAAGAAAUCAUGACUAAUUUAUUAAGUUUUGAAGCUGAUAAAAGAGUCAUUAACAUUUCAAUCAAUUCUUUGAAUAAUCAAGAAUUAACCCCUGAAGAUAAACUUUCUUUAUUCCCAGAAUAUGGUAAACUUUAUCCUAUUUAUCAUAAAGAACUAUCCCAGGUUGACGAUAUUGAACAAUUAAAAUUACUAGUCGAAAGUGUUGGUGAAUAUCUGGACUUAUUCAGUGACUCUGCUGACUCUUCUGGUUCCAAGAACUUAGAAGACUGGUUCUACUUGUUGGAAAUGCAAUAUAACAGAAAUGCCUUCACUCAACAAUUUACUUUAUCAACUGUUUGGGCAUGGCUAAGAUCAAAAGAACAAGAAAUUAGAAACAUUACUUGGAUUGCUGAAUGUAUAGCCCAAAAUCAAAAAAAUAGAAUUGAAAACUAUAUUUCUGUCUAUUAAACAAAGGCUCACUUCAUUACAAACAUUUCUCC